UUGGUUACUGCAAAACCAGAUUUGCUUAAGAAGAGAGUGACCAACAAUAUUAAUUCAAAUGGAAAGAAGCAUUAUCAGUACAGAAAAGCCUGAUAGGAAAACAGUGGAAAGGAACAGAAGAAUCUAUAUGAAGUUUCUUUGUUCUAAGCUUAGUUCUCUCAUUCCUCCCCACCACUUCAAACCCUCUACGGAGAUGCUUUCACAACAAGACCAAGUUGAUCAAGCUAUUACUUACAUUGAGCAAUUAAAAGAAAGAGUAGAGGUAUUAAAGAGAAGGAAGGACGAGCUCGUAGCACAAGGCACAGGUGAAAGAAGUAGGUAUUCAAAGAAAGUAAUGACAACUUGUACUUUAGAAACACCUGCGGUUGAAGUUAGAGAGUUGGGUUCAACUCUAGAGGUAAUUUUAAUUAGUGGUUUGAAAAAGAAGUACUUCACAAUGCAAGAAGUUAUAAACAUCUUAGAGGAAGGAGGAGCUCAAGUUGUUACUGCUCAUUUUUCAACAAUUUGCGAUAAGGUUUUCUAUACAAUCCACGCUCAGGUGAAAAUAACGAGAUUAGGGAUUGAUGCUUCAACUGUCCAAUUGAGAUUGCAAAAUCUGGUCUGCUAA